AUGUCCACUAACAACGUACCACGCCUUCGCAGCGUAAUGCUCGAUGGGUGCCAGUCGCCUUUUCUUACAAUAUCCCAAAAUAGCUUCUCAUACGGAGGGCGACUGCUCUGGUGUGCUUUGCUAAAAGAGCACACCUCCCGCAUGCCUUGCGUCGUCUUGACGGACAGCCCAUCCACUCACUUCCUAAAAUUGAGUGAUCGGAUAGUAGUCGCCGAUUGCAUCAAUCUUGUCUUCGAAGAAGUACUUGCUUUAAUUAAAAACACCAGUCUGCACUACGACAGGCCAGUAUCUGUGUUCGUAGAAGCCAUCGAUUGUCUCCUAAUAGGCAAUCUUCCCGGGAAUUACCCUUCCCAUGAGAUGGCAGCUCUCCUUCUGCACAAGAUUGGGAGCAUUCUUUGCGUGCACCGGGUAGUGGUGCUACAUGAUCGUGAACUAUCCGCAACCGUUGACUUAGAUUACAUCGCAUCCACCAAUUUAGAGUGCUACAGUAAUAAUCAAAACACUGGAUCAUUCGUACAGGGAUUAAACGCGGUGGUUAAUGCCCGAAUUUCGCAUAGAAAACGUUCCAAACUGUGUAUUUUAGGAAAGCCAAUUUGUGAGGAUAUCACCAUCACAGUAGAUUCCAGGACGCUCGAGAUCAUUGCAUUCGCGAAGACAGACCCCGGGGGAAACACGGUCAGUGAAGUUGCACCCUCAUCAUCAUUCAGGUUGGACCUAAGUCCUAGCGAGGAAGCCGCGCGUACCAAAGUGACAAUGCCCCACAUUAUAUUGAGAAAAGAAAGGGCCUCUGAAAUCCGUUACAUCCCUGACGCGCUCGAUGAUUUUGACGAAGAUGACCCAGAUAGCGACCUAAACAUAUGA